CUCAUAGACUCAUAUAGAUCGAUUAACACUGAGAUUGUUACUAUGUGAUAAAAUGUGAUAUUGUUUUCUUUAAGGGACUUCAAGCUCCCUUUACCUUUUAUUGUUAUUGUUAUUUUUUUCUUCAGAAAAAUGACUCGAAGUAAAUAUGUUGAAGGGGAAACUGUUCUUUGUUUUCAAGGAAUAAUGAUUUACGAAGCAAAAGUACAGGGAGUAAGGAAGGAAGAUGGUAUAUUUGAAUUUGAUAUUCAUUACAAAGGCUGGAACAAGACUUGGGAUGAAUGGGUAACGGAAGAGAGACUUCUCAAGUUUACUCCAGAAAACCAGAAACGGAUGAAGGAGGUGGAAGAGGAAUUAGCAGCUAGAGGUAAAACCUAUGCGUCUAAAAAAAGUGGAGGUGGCGCCAUCAGCCAGAAAAAUCCAGAAUCCUCCCCAGAACCAUCUAGCGGCGAUAAACGGAAACAAGAAAUGCCCCUCACUGAGGGAAAGAAGCAAAAAGUUACCGAUCCAACACUAAAGAAUUUAGGGAUUAUGAAAGGUUUAAAACCUCGUUCCCGAAGUAACUCCAAUACAAGUAUUCUUAGCACAAAGUCGAAUACGAGCACAAAGCAGGAAGAGAGACCAAAACGUUCUGUUAAAGAUAUAAAAGUUGGUUCUGUUACUCCUGAUCCGAAACCUGCUCCAGGAAAGAAACCUGGAGAGGUUAAAGAGAAAAAACCAGGAGAUUCCAAAAAACCAGGAGAAAGCAAGGAGAAAAAGAAACCAAAGAAAGCAGAAAAUCAAGGAAUACAAAACAGAUUCAAACCUAAAGAGAAAACGGUUGCAUUUGGUGAAGGAGUUCGAAUAGAGCUUAGCGAAGAGUUAAAGAACGUUCUGGUCGAUGAUUUUGAUUAUAUGAUAAGACAGAGGAAACUGUUAUCCAUCCCUAGUAGAUAUACAGUAGAGGAUAACAAGAAUAUCCCUCUGUGCCAACUGUACGGUCCUGUUCACCUACUGAGAUUAAUUACGAAGCUUGGACCGAUGCUCUCUGCCACAAGCCUGGAUAAAACCUCGUUAGCUCUUCUAUUAGACAACGUCAAGGAUUUUAUUGAAUAUAUUGGGAGACACAGAGAAACCCUGUUUCAAAUAGAGGAUUAUGGAACUGCAUCCCCCGAGUACCACAGAAGAGCAAUAUGA